GAAAGACAAAAGUAUGGAUUAUCUACACUAUCUAUUCACUUUACUGUUUCUAACUAAUUUUUCACCAUUAUCAAGUGAAAAUCCAAUCUUAACAGAAAUCACAAUAUCAGAACUGGGUAAUAAAGAAACGGAUUCAACCGUAACUCCAGUUAAUCGUCUAAUAGAAAAUUCCACUGAAUUUUAUAAUGUUGAAGAUUUUGGUUCAACUGAAAGAGGAGAACAGAAUCCCAAUAUUACAGGAAACUUGUCUUCAUUUGGUACUGUAUUUGAAGAAGCUAUUUCUAUUUCUCAAGAAGGAUUGAAUUUCAUUACGUCUGGGAAACUUGUUUCAACCACUCCUGAAUCUGAAUUUGCGUCUGUACUUCAUGAAGAUUGGAAUUCUACAAUGUCGUCUAACAAUCCGAUUUUAACUAAUUCUAUGCAUGAAAUAAAUGUUACCAGAAAUGAUGCAUCAACAUUUCAACUUGAAGAUCAAAAUACACAAGAACCUGAAACAGAAAAUAACGAUAUAGUGGAUUUGUUAGAUAGUUUACUAAAUAAACUUAAAAUACCUUCGGAUAAUUGGUUAAAUUAUCGUUACAUAAUGGCAAUGCAAAGUCCUGACGGAAGUAUUUAUAUACCAAAAAAUCAUACACAAAGUACUAGAAAACAUUUGAUUACUCUAUUAGGAUUUGCUGAAGAAAUUGUAUCUAAUAAAAAUGGUAUUACAUAUAUCAACAACAAGAACAACAACAACAACAACAACAAUGAAGAGAAGUUACCAAUCACCACACAAUCGAUAAAUGAUGAUACUUUGAUUCUUCUUGAAAAUAAUAUAUCAAUCAUUGAAGAUAAUCAAUCUAAUAUUGAUUAUGAAAAGAAUAUAACUGAUAAUGAUCAAGAAUUCUCAAAAAUUGACGAUGAAACAAGAACAUUUACUGAAGUAUCCGAUCUUUUUUCUUCUUCAAAUGUUACUGAAAGAGAAGAAGGAAGAUUAAUGGAUUAUGAAUUACAUAACUUCAAUGAGUCAAAGGAUCUACAUGAAAUUUUGGAACAUAUAACCUCUGAUGAUGUGGAUCAUAGAAUAACUGAACAAAAUAAUCAGUCUUCUACAUUGGUUACUGACGAAAGAUUGUUGAAUAUAACUAAUGAAUUACAAUUAAACAGUAAACAAGAGAAUAUCACAACGGAUUCAAUGGAUAAUGUUAGACAAUAACGUACAGAACUAAAAAAUAAUCAAUCAAUGAAAGUUUAGAAGAUCGGAUUUACGAACAAUCAAUUAACUAAUUUGGUAAUACUGAUUUAUCAUACAAUAAUAUACUACUUAUAUUACUAUUAUCCGAUACUACUAUUGGUUAUCUCUUUAAAACUUCAAUUUAUUAGUGAAAUAAAUAAUGAUUCUUAAAUCAAUGUAAAAAUGAUCUAUUAAAUGUUAGUUUAUCUGUAA